AAACUACAGACGCCUCUAUCCAAAGCGACGUACAUCAGAGAGGAAGUACAACACAAGCAAGGAUCUACAAAAGAGGAAACAAUCAGCAGGUGUUAUGGAUCUUCAGUGUUUCCUGAGCUGCAGAGUUGCCCUGCUGCUUUUCUUGAUGCCAUGUGGGCUCCGCUGUAUGUCUGUGGACAUCCUCAACGAGGAGCUCAUGUACGUCAUCCCCGGCUCAAUUCUGGUUCUGACAGCCCGCAUCGAGCAGGGACCCCUGGAAGAGAUCCUUAUGGUGACCUGGGACCGGGAGCCUGAGUCUGGAGUCACUCCAAAGAGUGAGACUCUGGCCACUUGUCCUGGCAGUGGCUCCAAAUGUGCUGGUACGAGGCCAAACGUCCAUGGUAACAUGCAGCAGCAGGAGACGACACUUCAGAUUAAUGGAUACAGCGGCACGGACAGCGGAGUGUACGCUGUGACGGUGACGGAUCACACAGGGGUCAAAACCACGGCACACUGCAUCGUCAGGAUGUAUGAGGCGGUGCACCAUGUCUCAGUCAGCAUCAACAGUUCUCACGGUCCCUCGCUGGUCUGCGGCGAGGCCUGGGGGACGGACCCGCACUUCAGCUGGCUCCACGAGAGAGCUGCCAUCACUCAGACUGUGGGGACAGUCUCUAAAGAUGGAACGACACUGUUUGUGACCAUGAAGCCUUUCUGUGGAUUCUUCAGCUGCAUUGUCAGCAACAAGCUGGGCUACAGCUCAGCCACCUACACUGCAGAACCUUGUGAGACGAAGGGCAGAGGGACCACAGCGGCCGUGGUGUGUCUUGUCCUCCUGCUGCUGGUCGGAGGAGUUCUGGCAUUUCUGCUGUGGAGAAGACACAGGCACAAUAACAGAGGCGAGAGGCUGCACGAACAUUUGGACGAUGCCAUCUAAAGGACAGCCGAGGACACGUGUCUGUUACUCAAAGGUCUCGGGGAGGAGAACAGGAAAUGGACAGGGCUGUAACGGUGGACCUUCCCGUCCUGUGAGCAAUAUGACCUUACGCUGCACUGAAACAAUGUGAAGAGUGAACUGCUUACAGGCUAAUAACAAAUAUCUUAAAAUGGAUAUUGACCUUGAAGAGUCAGCAUUGUUUUUAUACACUGCCUCCUGCUGGACUGCACCUAUUACUGUGUUCAAUUAAAGCCUCUGGAAAUCAGGCUUCAAACUGUAAAAAUGCAUUUAUGAUGUCAAAGAUGGGAGUCUUUUUAGGCCUCCAUAAAAUCUGAAUGAGAAUAAACAUUCAUUACUAAAUUAAACCCUA